CUUUGCCGAUGUAUCGCGUCGGCCUCUGCCUGGCGCUGCUGCCCGCCACAGCGAGCCUGUCCGUCGCCGUGUCCCAGCAAGGCUGUGCCAGCCGUCCUCGGCUGCGGAGCCACGCGAUCACCGCCAGCCUCGCAGACGAACCCGGUGCUUUGCCUCGCGCUCGGCUGGCCCUGCUCGGCACCAGUGCUUUGUGGAGCACCUAUCCAACCUUUGCGAAGCUCAUCUUCGCCGCCGACGGCGUCGCCCUCACGCCCACCGCAAUCACCGCCGUCCGCUUCGCCAUCAUGGCGAUAGCAGGCCAGUUCAUCCUCGCCCAGCAGCCGGCGAGUAGCAGCUUAGGAGCAGCGGACAGCAGCAGUGGCGGCGGUGCGAACGGGGGUGCGAACGGCAGUGGCGGCGGUGAGGGCGUCGGCUUUUGGAUAGCCGCCACGGAGCUCGGCAUGUGGGGCUGCGCGGGCACGCAGCUCAACUCGAUGGCUCUGCUGCAGCUGUCGGCCGUGCGCGGAACGCUGCUCCUCGCCAGCGUCAACAUCCUCACGCCGCUCCUCCAGGCGUGCAUCGGCUCGAGCGACGAGCAGCGCCGGGUCGCCCCGCGCACCUGGGCCGCCUGCGCACUCGCCCUCGCCAGCACCGCGUUCGCAGUACAGAGCGGCGGCGCGGCGGGCGGCGCGGCGGCCUUCUCCUCGGCCGACGCGUCGAAGCUCACGGCCGCCCUGUGCUACGCGCUCCAAAAGGUGCGGCUCAGCACCUUUGCCCAGACCUAUCCGGCGGCCAGGCUCGCUGCGGGCCGCCUCCGGACGCAGGCCGCCAUCGUGCUGCUCGGCCUGGGCGGCGCGGCGCUUGUGGGCGGCUUGCCAGAGGCGGCGGUGUCGGCCGACCUCUUCGGCAGCCUCGCCGGGUACGGCGCAGCCUCCCUCUCCUCCGCUCUCCUCCUAACGCUCUCCGCCCUCGUGCCGGGCGCCUUUGCAACGAUCCUCCAGGCCGAGGGGCAAAAGGUGGUCCCCGCCGCAUCCGCCCAGCCCAUCUUCGCCUCGAUGCCGCUCUUCGCCGCCGGCUGGGCGUGCCUCCUGCUGCACGAGCCCAUCUCGGCGCAGCAGGCGAUCGGCGGAGCCGGCACGUCGCCUCUGCGCGGAUGCGGCGGCGAUAGCUCAGGCGCGGCGCCCUCCUGA